UUACAUAUGGUGGCAGUGGUGGGAUCAGCCGGUUGAGGAUACAGGUGUGUUUUUUUUUUUCCCCUCCUUUUUCUCCGCCAUUUUGUGAGGCAUGCAGCGUGGAGCAAAGUCCAGAAGAGGAAAUCGGGCAGGGAUUGGAGAGACACAUAUAGGACCAGAAGACCAGGCCUUCAUGGUGCAGCAGGAGGCCCGUGAAGUGAAACAGAAGGAGGAGGCGAUACACCAGGAGCAUCGCUUUAAAGCUCUACAACAUCAGUUCCAGCUGUUGCAGCAGGAGGUACAGGUACGAACUUCUCCAGUACCAGAGCUCACGUCAACAAUUCCAGAUCCUCUGGAGACUCCUGAUCCAGAUGAUGAUCACCCACAGGCCCGAGCCAUAACUCCAUCAGCACAGAUACACCCUGCCAUUAUCUCAUCAGGUCAGUCCCGAGUCUCCCAUGAGCCCAGACUAGAGAAACUAACAGAAAAUGAUGAUGUUGAACAUUUUCUCAUUACAUUUGAGAGAAUUGCAGCAGCAUGUCAGUGGCCAAAAUCUGACUGGGUUUUUCGGCUCAUUCCAUUGCUGACUGGUAAGGCCAGGGGAGCCUAUGUUCAUAUGGAUGUUGAUGAGUCUCUUGAAUAUGACAGGGUAAAAACUACUAUUCUGAAAAAAUAUGACAUUAACCCUGAGACAUACAGGCAAAGGUUUCGUUCCCUGGAUGUUGGACCUGAUGAGAGCCCCAAGGAGCUGUAUGUGAGGCUGAAAGAGCUGUAUGGAAAAUGGAUCCAACCUCAAGGUAAAACGGUUCAGCAAAUUGGUGAAACUAUUAUUAUGGAACAAUACUUGAGAAUGUUGUCUCUUGAGCUUCAGGUUUGGGUAAAGGAGCAUGGUCCAAAAUCAGCUGCUGAGGCUGCCACUCUGGCUGAUGUGUUUGUUGCUGCCCGGAAAAAGAGCCAGCCAUGGACUAACAAUGCCUGGCAGGCCGCAAAGGACACCCGCAGGCCUACACCCCCUCAAUACCACCAGAAGUCAACGCCAGGUCUACCAGCUGCUGGGCAUAAAGAGUGUGCGCACCACCCCUUACCAUCCACAGACAGAUGGACUGACGGAGCGUUUCAACCAAACCCUCAAACAGAUGCUCUGUAAGUUUGUGAAUGAGACUGGAUCUGACUGGGAUCAGUGGCUUCCCUACCUACUCUUUGCCUAUAGGGAGGUACCCCAAGCCUCCACUGGUUUCUCCCCCUUUGAACUCCUCUAUGGUCAUGAGGUGAGGGGACCUCUGACCUUGUUAAGGGAGACCUGGGAAGUGGAGCAGGGGAGGGAGGAGCCUGUUAAUGUCAUUUCUUAUGUCAUUCAGAUGAGAGAGAAACUGCAGCGGAUGAGUGAAUUGGCCCAGACACACAUGGCGGAGGCCCAGCAGUACCAGAAGACCUGGUAUGACCAGUCAGCCAGACAGAGAAGCUUUGACCCUGGUCAAAAGGUCUUAGUCAUGCUUCCAACCAGCGACAGCAAGCUGCUGGCAAAGUGGCAGGGGCCUUUUGAAGUCCAGAGGAAACUGGGACCCACCACAGGUCUCCACCCCAGGGCAUCAGCGGUCCAGUCAUGUGCUGCAUGUAAACCUCCUCAAGGAUUGGGUGCCAAGGGCUGAGAAAGGAGCAGAGGUGUUGCUGAUCCGGGCUGUGAAGGAGGAAGAGGAGGUGGAUGACCAGUACCUGCCCUCACCAAUAUCCACUGACCUGGAUUUGAGCCAUCUCUCUGAACCCCAGCAAUCUCAGGUGAAACCUUUAAUUAAUCCAGACAUAUUUCAAGAAUACCCAGGAUGCACAAAUCUGGUAGAACAUGACAUUGUGUUGAAACCUGAUGCAACUGUAAGGCGUAUGAGUUACAGGAUACCAGAGCGCCUCCUUAUGUCACUGAAGAAGGAAGUGGACCUCAUGCUGUCCCUGGGAAUAAUCCAAGCAUCAAAAAGUAGUGGUGUAACCCAGUGGUGUUGGUCCCUAAAAAAGACGGAACAAUACGAUUCUGUAUUGACUUCAGAUACCUGAAAUCUAUCUCAAAGUUUGACUCAUAUCCCACUCCACGGAUUGAUGAUCUCCUGGAGCACCUGGGGAAAGCGAAAUACCUGACCACCAUUGACCUUUGCAAGGGCUACUGGCAAGUGCCCCUGACCCAGCAGUCUUGGGAUCUGACUGCGUUCCGGACUCCCUGGGGGCUCUUUGAGUUUACAGUCUUGCCAUUUGGGCUGCACGGUGCCCCUGCAACGUUUCAAAGAUUGAUGGACCAGGUACUCCGUGGGAUUUCUGAUUUUGCAUGUGCAUAUCUUGAUGAUAUUGUCAUCUACAGCGCCACCUGGGAGGAGCACUUGGAACACCUGAAGGAAGUCCUGGAACGUCUCCAUUCUGCAGGCUUGACAAUCAACCCAGCCAAGUGUGUCUUCGCCAGAAGGGAAACU